UUCAGCUGCUCACAGGACGAGGAGGUGGGAGGGGAAGUAACGACGUAGUAGCGACUUAGUCAGUCAGUGAAGUUUCCAGCGACUCAGCCAUCACGGUCUGAAACUCUUUUUUUGAAAUGAACCAACUCGGCGGCAGCGGAGGGGAUUUAAGCGGCGAUAGAAGACCGUGAUCUCGGGUGGUUCUUUGGGUUGGCUCGGUCCGGCCCGGAGGAUCUGAAUAUGGGUCAGACUGCUGUGUCUGCCGUAUCACAGCCUGCGAGCGUUGAUGGGUUGGAGAAAUCAUCAUCACUGGCCAGCUGUGACGUGGUGGUGGACAGCGCCGGCAAUACCCAGAAUGCCCCUGCAUCACGCCAGCCGCGAGGAAAGCUGUCAUCACUAGGAAAACUGUUCAAACCCUGGAAGUGGAGGAAAAAGAAGACGAGCGACAAGUUCCAGGAUCUUUCCAAAGUUCUUGAGAGAAAAAUCUCCACCAGACAAACGAGGGAGGAGCUCAUCAAGAAAGGAGUUCUCAUCCCUGACCAAGAUGAAACGAUCAGCAGUGAAAAUCUGAAUGGCCACGCCACGUCUAGUGUGACAUCAGAGGAGGUCAAAGUUGACAUUGAGUCUCCAGAAACAGCGCUGGAGGAACAGGCCACCGGGCCCGUCCACACUGAGGACAAAACAGAGAGGUGCGAUACUAAAUCCCUCACCCGGGCAAAACAGGUGCGACCUCGAGACGUUCAAGCUAAAAAACAGCAAAGUGCCACUCUUCCCGCCUCUUCCAAACCUUUGGGUGGCACUUCAGCCACAACCAAGCACAAAGACGCAGCUUCUGGGAAUAAAAAGACUGCUAAAACCACAGGCAAGACAGUCCCAUCCACUCAAGCUAAAGCUAACCCGCGGAGCACUAACAACACUAGUCGGGGGAUUGCCAAAUCCUCCCAUCCAAAGAAGACAGGAUUAACAACAAAAAACACCCCCACCUCCAUCCCUCAUUCUCGUGCAUCUAAGGACUCUGCAGCACAAACUGAGGGGACCGAUGCAAGGAGCAACCGGAAAUCAAACACUCCCAUCUCUUCCCACGUACCCCAAAAGGCCCCUGCAGAGACUCCAUGCCAGCCUGGGGAGUUAAAAUCCUCGCCCCUUUCCUCAGACACCAAGCCAGCCUCAUCUAAAGCCUCAGGCAAUGAGACAGAUGGAACUCAGGCGGCUUCUCAACCUGAUCUAGAGUCUAAAUCUGAUCCCAGUAGCUCUACUGUGAGUGAGGACACCCACAAGGGCAUGGCUCCUGAACCCGCUGUCCAGCCUCCCCAUAUCAACACUGCUACAGAGGACACUUCCUUCUCAGAGGGAGGGACGGACAGCAGCUCACAUGGGGAGAAACGGGGGAGAACGGGAGGGGAUGGAGGAGAAGAAGAAAAGAAGAAAGGAGAAACAGAGCCGGCUGUGGAGAACAGCCGGAGGUCUGCAGACGGCCACGCUGAAAGGCCACAGGGCCUCAGUGUGAACACGGAGCAGGCCGUGGUGACGGUGAUCCCUGAUAGGCCGAGAGAUAGCCAAACUAGCGACUCUGACUCUGACGGACCAAUCCUGUACCGCGACGAGGAGGAAGAUGAGGAGGAAGAUGAGUACACAACCAGCGCUCUGGCCAUUAAGAUCCGCCGACGAGACACCCUAAACAUCAAGCUGGGGAAUCGACCCAGCAAGAGAGAGCUGGAAGAGAAAAACAUUCUGCCGCGAAGCUCCGAGACGGAGAGAAAUGAGCUUCGCCAGAAAAUAGGCUCCAAACUAGUCAGGCGCCUGAGCCAAAGACCCACCACAGAGGAGCUGGAGCAGAGAAACAUCCUCAGGCAAAAGAAUGAAACAGAGGAGCAAGAAGCUAAGCAAGAGAUUAAAAGGAGACUCUCCAGAAAGCUGAGUGUGAGGCCUACAGUGGCAGAGCUUGUCGCUCGCAGGAUCCUGCGUUUUAACGAGUAUGUGGAGGUAACGGACGCCAAGGAUUAUGACCGGCGGGCAGACAAACCCUGGACACGGCUUACUCCCGCUGACAAGGCUGCUAUCCGUAAGGAGCUGAAUGAGUUUAAGAGCCGAGAGAUGGAGGUUCAUGAAGACAGCAAACAGUUCACCAGAUUCCAUCGGCCCUAAGCGUUCUCCCUGUCAGCUGGACGUCAGCACCACAAGCUCUCCGGUCCACAGCUCCCAGCAGUCUCCCGGUCCUCCAGAUCCUCAGUACACAGAUUAGUUCACUUUGCUUUGGGAUCCUCUUGCGCCUGAUAAUGUGUAUUUCUGUCUGAAGUGACAGCUACAGGUGUGUCUUAAGGCCUUGGCCAUCCGUGAAACAUUUGCACAUGUCUAUAGUCAAAACAGUGGUGUGUAUAGCACUCUGAUUAGAUUAUUUAUUUUAGAUGGCCAGAACCUGCUGGUUUUUUUAUGUUUUUUUUUUUUUACUUCAGGCCUUGUCAUGAGGUUCCAGGGAGGAAACAUGUGCAAAAUCACCCUCUUAGUAGUGAAUGUGGCUCAAUUGUAUUAAAGUGUUAGCAUACUUGCCAAGGUAUGCCUUGUCAUAAACUGCCAAAUGGCCAUAUGUGGGCAUCCUCCUAGAACAGGAAAUGGGAGUGAUUGGAUGGUUGCGUGCUGAUGUCAGUGCCUAUGUCAUAGAUCAGAGGGGAGGAGUGGCAGAUACUGCAGUUCAUUUUUAGACAUAUUUAAAGUAUAUUGCCACUAGAGGGCAUUAUAUCAUAAGAGUUAUAGACUGUGAGGAUGAAGAUGUGUAUGUAGAUGAAGAAUAAUCUGCAAGUGUUAUAUUUAUAACUGCUGAAGCUGAGGGAUCGGUGGACACCUGAGGCUUUAAUAGUGAAGUGCAAUGAAAAUCCCUCUGCCAUCACAGCCAUUUGUAAUCCGCACACAAAGAUCAUGUACUAUUACAUAUCUUGUGUUGAGUUAUUACGUGCAAACCUCUGUUCACAGAGUGCUGGAUUAUGCUGUUACUUCAGUUUUCAUUUUAGGCUUUUGGCUGGAGCUCUUUCUCAGAGAGACUUGGUGCCAAAGAUAAAGCAGGGAUUUGAUUGUUUGCUGGUCUUCUUAUUUGGAAGUUUUGAUUUUGUUUGGCAAACUUCCUAUGGUGGAUUUAUGAAUAGAGAACAGGCACUGAGAGUGUCACCACUGAAGCAAUCUAAAGGCCUCUCAAGGAAGUACUUCAUUUUCUAUUUUCUUGAACAUGCUUUUGCAAUUUAAUGUGUCAGCCUGUGACCCUCGAGAGACUUGCUCACAAGUGGUCCUUUUACACCUUGCCCUAACAUGCACUUUGUAUCCAUACCAUAUCAGCACAGUUUGAUACACUUUUGUUCCUGAGAAAUUAAAGGAAUUGAUAAAUGUUUUGUGAAAUACACUAGAGCUGAAACAAUUAGACAAUUUACAAAAACUUAAUUUGCAACUGUUUUCAUAAUCGAUUUAUAAUUUCAUAUAUUUUUAGCAAAAAUGUCCAAAACAUUGCUGAACAGGUGGGGAUGUAAUGCAGUUUUUAUCAUAUACGACAUUAAACUGAAUACUUUUACGAUUCGGACCGGAUCAUAUUAACAGGAAAUUUUAAUAUGUUAACUCUGGGAAUUUAUAAUGGAAAUUUUCCAUUAUUUUCUGAAAUUUUUUAAAUGAAACGAUUAAUCAAUUAAUAGAGAAAAUAAUCAGUAGAUUAAUCUACAGUCAAAAUAAUCGUUAGUUGCAGCACUAAAAUGCACUUAUUCACUUUCUUGUUGAGUUUUAGCUGAGAAGAUCGAUUCCACCAGCAGGUUAUUAGCUUAGCUUAGCAUAAACACUGGGAUCAGGGGGUGAUCACUAGCCUGCCUCUUCACAUUUCGGCUUUUGUACAUAUUAAAAAGACAAUAUGUUUAUUAAGAGGUGCUGGUAGAUGUUGUUAUCCUUUAAACAGAGCCACCUUGCUGUUUCCCCCUGUUUCUGUUCUUUAUGCUAAGCUAAGUUUAUCACCUGCUGGUUGUAGCACCAUAAAUAGCGCAGACAUUAGAGUGGUAUCAAUCUUCUCAUCUAACUCUCAGCAAAAAUGUGAAUGAGAGUAUUUCACAAAAUUCCUUUAAUAUCACAUGUGAGGCAAAACUAAAAUGAUGAUACGCGUUAUAGAUACAUGUAUACUUAAGCAGGGACAAGGGAGGUUAUGAAGCAGCACAAUGCAUUUCUUGGUCUAUUUUAUACUCCAAUGCUCUAGUAUUUUGUGCACUCCUGGAAAGAUGUUUAGACUUUCAUAAGUCUGAAUUGAUUUAUCUUGGGAGGAGAAUAAAUACAAAUAUGUAAUGCAGUUGGCUGCACAACAACUUAUCUACACUCAAGAAGAUUUGCCUUUGUUUGAAUGUCCAGAUAGACAGAAAUGUUAGUGUGUGUGUAGAUUAAUGGUUUGUUAGCAACAUGGCUGAGAUGGUUUGGCCAUUCAUCUUUGGUGCAUUUAUAGAUUUUAUGCUUCAAUGUGCUCCAAAUACUCAAGAUGUAUGUUAAUGCAAUGCUUUGUAAACGCAAAAUGUAAAGGGGAUCAAUUCAUAAUUAUUUGUUUCUUCGUGAAUGCCAGAAUGUUUCGCUGAGCUAUCAGAAAAAUAAAGCUCAGAAAAGUCAGAGGUGAAAUGCAGAAGGAUGGAGAGAACCUGCACCGAUAACUUCCUCUCCAAAAUAUUUUAGGACUAAUAUAGAAAACAGGGACAGAAGAAAAAAACAAAACAUGGAGUGGGUGUUCACAUAAGAUUUAAACAAAAAUGUUUUUUUCCUCCCAGCACAUUUGGACUAUAAAGUGAUAAACUGAUUGAGCUUGCUGACGUCCAAAGGCGUGUGUUCUCACAAUAGACCUCCAACCUCGAACACUCGUCAUUCUUGCUUCUGAAUGUGCAGAGGUUGUAACAUUGGUUGUAACAUGAAAUUAUGUACAGCGAUGGGAAAUAACCAACAGUAUUCAUUCAUGACAAUGUCUUUGUUAUAUGUAUUGAUCAUUUUGUACAUAAUGUAUAUCGAGCAUGUGCAUAUUGAAAUCAAUUUUACUACCAAUAUGAUACAAUAGAACUUUGAUGUCAAUGUUUUAAGCUCUGAUUUUAGUGGUCUUGUUUUUUUUUAUGAUCCCCAGACAUUAAUAAUGAAAUGAACAGUCCAGCACAUGUAUCAGUGCUGUUUCUAGGCAGCAUAUUGAGCACAGUAUGUUGAAUAACGGUCACGUCUUUUCCAAACCUACCUGUUUCCUGAACACCACCAUGGACAAGCCACUCUCUCACUGCUUAGUCCGUCUUCUGUUCCACCUUCACUUUAACUGAAGGUAGCAGGUGAAAUGCAGUAGAUAUUUCAUGGAUGGAGACUCAGUUUAAAAGCAAUUUAUAGCCUAAUCCUUUCUGGACUUUUGAUUGAUUUCUUCAAAUGACCGUAGGUCACCUUGCACAAACUAGAAAAAACCAAACCGGAUGUGACUUGAAAUUUAAACUACGUUGAUUUAGGCACAGUAUGUAAUCCAGUUGCAUUUUAUAAGUAAGUAAACAUGAGUCUGAUCAGUUGCACAUAGUGUGAAAUUAGCUUCUAUGAAGCUGAACAUACUGCGGCAAAUACUGUAAUAAAAAUGUUAGCACAAAUUAAAAGUCUUGGUGGAACAGCUUCAAUUCUGUCAUGGCUGAGUAAACAUGAAUAUGCUGCUUGAAUCUCUGUAGAAAAGAAAAGUUCAUCUCCGAAGCAUAAGUGAUACCAUUUAUUUUAACCCAGCCUAUUUAGCAUUUGUAAGCUGUUUAUAGUUAAUGAGUAAAUGGUUAUGUAGGUGUAAGCAGAUUUAAAGACAUUUAAAGUGGCUAUAACCAAUAUUUUUAUGACAAUAUAUCAAGUGACAAUGUGAAAAGGGUCGCUCAUGGUGAUAAACCAGAGAUUUAUCACCCAUAGCUGCAGCUCCCCUCGGCUUUACCAAGAUUUACAGCGAGUUUCAGCCAAGCGUCAACCUCCAGUGAUGAACGACACGGAAGUGCCAAAACUGCAGUUCCCCAAAUGACCACUUGAGGCUGGCUCCAAAAAGGAACCAAUCCCCAAAAAACCUCCAUAUUAAAAUAUACAACUUUACGGCAGAAUUAAGCAUUUUUACAGCCUCUUUAGCUAAAUUCCCCCUUCAUGACAACUGUAUAUGGGGUGGAUUUUCAAGUCAUAUUAAGGCUCAAAGUUAUGCAUAAUUAAGGGUGUGCCACUUUGAGUGACAAGUAGCUGCCAUCAUAGGAGGCGAGUAUAAACUGUAGGCUUCAUUCGGCCCCCCUCAGCUCCAUCCAUGCUCCACCUCUUUGCCCAUUUUUGGAUUAGCCGACGUCAGGCGCUGCCAAGAUGGCGACAGCCGGAGCCACCAGGAGCUGCCAAUUUUGAGCUUAAUUUGGGCUCUUCAGAAACCUGUGGGUGACGUCAGAUACUAUUCCAUAUUUUAUACAGUCUUUGGUUUCAGCUCAUUGUUUAGAUGUCCGGUUCACAACUUUACUGUUUUGGUUCACUUUCACCACUCUCAUAGUGUCAUUGUCGGCCGCAGCGUGCAGCUGUUUUCAGCUGUUAAAAACCUACUGAGCACUACCUGCUCAGCACGAAACAUCACACAAUUAGUAACUAGCUGGUAAACAAAGUGGAGAAAUUAGCAGCUAAAGAGACAGAGAGAUUAAACAGAGUGAAUUUUAGAUUUACAUUUGCCAGUUGGGCUGAAACAUGACCCCAAAUGAAUAAUAUUGUUGCUCCGUAUCUGAUGAAUGUGUAAAUAAGCAACUGUUUGCCAUAUCAAUUUAAAAGUUGAUAAUAUGUCAAUACUAUGUUUCCGCUGCCAACAAGUUAUUGCAAGUUGAAGUGUUUAAUAAUGUAAUUGUUAACAACUUAAACUCCUUAUCCUUAAGCAUCCACAACAGCUGAAUAAACAUGAAUACUUUGUAACAGAAUAUUAUAACAUUAACAUUCAUAAUCAUAUAUAAUGAUGUCUACACAAGUUUUGGACACAUACUUAUAAAUGGUUUUAAACCUGUCUGUGAAUAAUUUCUACAUGUGUAUGAAUAGUUGUUAAAUGCUUUGUUACACUAAGGAUUAGUUGUAAUAACAGUUGUUAUACUAUGCUAUCAUUCAUUCAUUAGCUGUUUAUACACCUAUUAUGGAUGCUUAAUCAGAAAAUGUAUAAUUAGUGACAAAUUACAUUAAACACUUAAAAAUGUCUUUCUAUUUGCGUACAACUAAAUUAUUGUGUUACAGGAGUAUAAGAAGCUUUAGAAAGCUUACUUGUUUGUGAAUCUACAGGGAAGAGCUCUAUUUUAAAACCGGUGACUUUUUCUUUUUUGCAACACUGAUGCAUAAAUCCAUAUUUUAGUCCAGAAUUAGCAUCUAGACAAAGCAGUUGAGAGCGUGGAAGAGCCUUGACAGUUGGUGUUCUAACUAGUCAGUAUUAAUCACAAGGAGCGAGUCCUGUAAAAAAUGGCGGCAGUCUGUUUCAUCUCAUCUUGUAUGGAACUAAAUAAACCUUCUGAGACCCAAAUGUUGUAAAACACCCCACAUUUCUCUGCACCGUUGAUAACUUGGAAUAUAUGAAAGGAAAGUAUCAAAAAUGUCCUGCCGUUAGAUUUCAGUUGAGGGGGUUCAUUCACAGACACAUGCUUUUCCCAUCCGCUGCUGUUCAUUUGCAGUACUGGAGGCUUCCACCAGUUCAUGAAAAUGUUUACAUUUGAGGAUGUCUGCUGUUGUAAUGGUGCUUGGGGCUUCCGCAAACACCCCCCCACCCCCCCAAUCAAAUCAAAUCACAGAGCCAUAAUCAGCUGUUGUUGACUGAAAGCCUUUAAUCUUAACAUAUUAUUUUUUUCUUGAUCAUGUGAAAUCCAGACUAAGGUAUGUGAUAUGCUGGGGAUUUUGUGUCGGUCAGUCUCAAUAUAAACCCUACAAUUUUAAAUGCAUUGACAGUCUUUGAAAUGCAUUGUUUUUUAAUUGAUCUUUGAAGUCACAGGAUGAUGUCAUACAUCCCAAAAACAGCUACUGUUACGUCCAAACAGUGUAUAUUGUUUUUGUAUAUAAAGAACCAUGAAAUAUC